AUGUCAACUCGAAAGCUUGAUUCUAUCUUGAAUCCUAUAACGGCCCUUCAGUUUUACCGGAGAGAUCAAAACAAAUUGUUUCUAAUUGCAGGGGAGGGUCCCUACCUAAAGGUCUAUGACUCCAAUACCUCACUGCUUGUGCUUCAACACCGAAUAUUUUGUGAGCAAGUAAUUCACGGAAUUUCAACGUUGGACAAGCAACAUGAUAUUGCGGAUAACGGCUUUAUCUGCUUAGCCAUUUGGGGCAGCACAUCUCUUGCUCUCCUAACCAAAGUCCGCUUUGAUUUACUUCUAGACCAAGUGGUGAAUGAUAUUACCGAUCUUAUCACUCAGGUCCCGGACUGGAUCUUAGACGCUGCCAUUUCUCCCUUUGAGGCAAACAACUGCGCCCUUGUCACUGCUCAUAACGCUAUUAUUCUAGCUAGUGUCCAGCCAGAAUACGGCCGACUUGAGAUGAAAACAGUUUUCUCGCCAUCAAAAUUAAUACUUUAUUCAGCUCAUCUUAUUUGGGAGUCUAAGCUGCACGUAAUUGUUGCUUCUGGUACGGCAUUUGGUCAAAUUAUUACAUGGAAGUGUUUUGUUGACGGAACCAAGUUAAAUAUUUGUACACUAGCUGGCCAUGAAGGCUCGGUAUUUGGUAUAAAAUUUUCACCUACUUUCACUCAUGCAGACGGUCGAGACGGCCGUCUCCUUGCAAGCUGUAGUGAUGAUCGUACAGUCAGAGUUUGGGAUUUUAUGUCGGACCAUAGCACCAUGGCCGCCACAGAAAUACUGGAUGCAGAGGAAACUGACCUCAAUGUGAUGCAUCAUGAAAUUCAAGACUCUACUAGUAAAGCCCUUGCCGUUUUCAUGGGUCACGCAUCUAGAAUAUGGCAUCUCCAAUUCCUAUUCUGCAGUCCGACAUCUGAUGAUCAAAUGUUAGCAAACUUGCUCUCAUUUGGUGAAGACGCAACAACGCAACAAUGGGUCUUGAAGCUUAAAUUGCCGUCUACUUACACCAAGAAAGUGAAUGGUGACUCUCGAAAUUUAUGUGUAGAUGUUAACACCUCAGAAAUAAUUCAUCAUAAAUCCUAUGCUUUUCAUUCCGGCAAGCACAUAUGGUCAUCUGCUCUGUACAAAGGUAUUGAUGGCUGGAUCCUAAGUACGGGAGGUGCAGAUGGAAAGAUUGCCACAUAUCCUAUUCGGGUAUUGGACGACCUUUCAUCAUUAUCGAAAUUAGCCUUGAAGACUGAUUCCCUAGACCAAAGUAGUGUUACAAACUCGUGGACAUUAAGUGAUAUCUUAUCUUUAGUAAAGAAAACCAACAUUGAAAGUAAACCAGAAGAAGUUAAAUUAAACAAAAUAUCCUCCAAAAAUACCUUUAAUCGCUACAUUUUUCUAUCAACCACAGAGAUUCUUGUAACUACCACUUCAGGCCACAUCAUGUGUGGCCUUAUUGGAAGCCAAAUUUUGUGGAACGAGGUCCAGGUACCAGAACCAAUUUCAGUGGACCUACGCUCAUAUGCAGUUGUGAAAGGUUUUAUAAAUACCGGCAUAGGGUACCUAGCAGGAGUAAGCGGCAUGAUAUAUAGUUAUAGAGCCAGUCUUGGUAUCUCAAUAUUCGGUUGUGUACAUGGGAAGGUGGCUGAUAUGUUCACAAUUGAUGAUAAAAGUGGCCAACUCUAUGGACUACUAGUCACAACUCUCACCAAAAAAACUGCUACAUUUUUCCAGCUUGAUCGAAUAUCACACAAGAUUAUGGAAACUUUGGACAUAGGCCUACCUCCGAAGUUUGUCAUCACUAGCGCAGGUGUCGCCAAUCAGCUUCUUGUAUUGGGCUCCAGGCUCGGAUCUCUCAUUGUUUACGAUCCUAAGAAGCUUGGAAGUCCCCUUGAAAUAUGUAAUGUAACGCACGAGCUUAGUGGUGAUGCUAUUACAGCUAUCGUGCCGCUCUCGCCUGCAGGAUUAGAUUGCAGUACUGAAUACUUUUUGACGACAGGAAGAAAUGGGUUCUAUUUUAUCUUCUCCAUAGACUCACAACAAAGCCAGGACACAAUUUCAAGUCUUGUGCGUAUAGUUCACCAUGGAACCCCGCCAUUUGGACCCAUUAUUGACAAUGCAUGGUUUGAAGACAACGAGCUGAUACUCUUUGGUUUCAAAGGGAAAAAAUUCAUCGUUUGGAAUGAGACUAGACAAUUAGAGGUAAUGAGUUGUGACUGUGGUGGAGCUCAUAGAAGUUAUGCGUAUUCUUCGAUGUUUAAUGGCGGAGGUGGUCAUUUCGUCUAUACACGAUCCUCUAAAUUAUAUCUCUUGAGCCAUGAGGGUCCAUCGCACAAGAUUUUAAAACAAGGGGCUCAUGGAAGAGAAAUCAAAGCUUGUGCGCUAUCAUCAGAUCAACAGUUUGUUGCGACGGGAGCUGAAGAUACAUCGCUAAGGAUCUGGCGCUAUGAUAGAAACGCAGCAUUAGAACAGCGCUUGCAAUGUCGAGCUUUGGUACAGAAACACACCACAGGUAUCCAGCAUCUCCAGUGGCUCGGAUCAAAGUAUCUCUUGAGUAGUGGAGGCAAUGAAGAACUUUUUAUCUGGGCCAUAACAUCAAUACCGAAUUUUGGGAUAGGACUUGUUUGUGAAGCCUCAUGGCCUGACCAGGGUGAGGCUGGAAACCGAAGGAUAACAUGUUUUGAGGCAACCAUAAUCUCCACUAAGUCACCUGAAGAUGGAAUUAUCGUGAGCAUGGGACUCUCGGAUUCAGCCAUUUGCAGUUACCAAUACUCCAAAAACCAUGGAUUCUCCGUAUUAGCGACGGGGCAAUAUACAUCUUCGUGUAUAACUCAGAUCCGGCAGAUUAAUGUCUCCGCCACAAAGUUAUGUCUUAUAACAGCCGCAACUGAUGGAAUUCUGACUCUUUGGAACGCUGACAUAAUUAAAACAAAUCUGGCGCAACUUGAUCCAGUCAACCUAGUGCCAUAUAAUUUCCAGAAACUGCAUCAGGGCACUAUCAAAUCUCUUGACGUUCGGCUUAACGAACAAUCCAUGGCAGUAUUAACAGGAGGAGAUGAUGGUGCUCUGGUGAUUUCUAUCUUCAAUUAUCUAGCUCUUCAUGAAAACCCCAGCUCCUUUCGAUUAGAUGGGGCACAUGCAGCAGCUAUAACAUGCCUAUCAGUUCUUCACAAUUCGACAGAUGAAAGAUUGAACCUUAUGACAACUAGCAAUGACCAGCGCGUCAAAACUUGGUAUGUCAAUGUUCUUGAUCAGGUUGAAGAGAAAGAAAACCAUAAUAUAUCUCUCGCCAUUCAACUUGAGCAAGAACAAUUCACUACGGUGGCAGAUGCAGGUGGCUUGGCCGUUUUUGGGGAAAGCUGUCUAAUGGAGGCUUUGAUUGUUGGAAAUGGGAUGGAGAUCAUACGGAUUCCCUCCAUGCUUCCAUUGUGA